GGGAAAUCGAAAAAAAAAAAUUGAAGAAAGAGAAAAAGACGAAGUACAGAGGAGCUUCUCUUCUGUCAUCUCUCUCAAAUGUCGAUGAAACCCUAGUUAUCUCCGUCUGUUCAACUCUCUUUUCACAUACACAGUUUCUCCUUUUAUAUAUCUCCGUUUCUAUGGAGUUUUGAGCUUGAUACAGGUAGAACUGAUAGGUUUGUAGAUAUAUAUAUUGUAUACGUAUAGGUUUGGUUGAAGGAGAGAGAGAGAGAAAUGUAUAGGGAUCGAGGUGGCGGUGGUGGUAGUUCAUCGAGGUCGGAGAUCGUCGGUGGGACGUUGGAUCGAAAACGAAUUAAUGAUGCGUUGGAUAAGCACUUGGAAAAAUCUGCACCUUCCACAUCUAGAGCCUUGAAGGACAAGGCGGUUCCGUCUACCUCCGUAGGUGCCGGAAAAUUGCAUCAGCAACAUGUUGAUCAUCGAGACACCCGCUCUUCUUCUAGUCUUGCUACGAAGAAUAAAUGCUCAGAUGAUGAAUCUGAAACAGACAGUGAAGAGUCUGAUGUUAGUGGUUCUGAUGGGGAAGAUACAUCAUGGAUUUCUUGGUUUUGUAACCUGCGUGGAAAUGAGUUCUUCUGUGAAGUUGAUGAUGAAUACAUUCAAGAUGAUUUUAAUCUAUGUGGAUUGAGCAGUCAAGUGCCAUACUAUGACUAUGCACUUGACCUGAUCCUUGAUGUUGAAUCCUCUCAUGGUGAUAUGUUCACCGAGGAGCAGAAUGAAUUGGUUGAGUCAGCGGCAGAGAUGUUGUAUGGUUUGAUCCAUGUCCGGUACAUUUUGACUAGCAAGGGAAUGGCUGCAAUGUCAGAGAAGUACAAGAACUACGACUUCGGGAGAUGUCCACGAGUUUAUUGCUGUGGACAGCCUUGCCUUCCAGUUGGUCAGUCCGAUAUUCCACGUUCAAGUACAGUAAAAAUAUACUGUCCUAGAUGUGAGGAUAUCUAUUAUCCCCGAUCAAAGUACCAAGGCAAUAUCGAUGGAGCUUACUUUGGAACAACAUUUCCACACCUCUAUUUGAUGACUUACGCACACCUCAAGCCACAAAAACCAACACAAAAUUAUGUCCCAAGGAUAUUCGGUUUCAAGCUCCACAAAACUUGACAGUGAAGUCCUUUGUGAUAUCGUGAAGAUGUUAGUUUUCUGCCAUUAAUGCUUCUUACCUGGCUAUAGUGUACAAGGCAUCGUGGUAGAGCCCAGGUAAUAAUGGGAGGAGUUCUAUAUAUGGGAAAGCUUGAUUCAAUUGAUCAAGAAAGCAACUCUGGUGAAUCUGUCAAGUGUAAUUCGUCUCUGAAAUUUCAUCAUGAAAUACAUCGAGCAUCUGUAAGCUUAUUUCUUUUCUAGGUAGCUAGAGAUUUGGAUUUAUUCCUCAUGUAGUUCUUUGGUAUCUGUUUGCCCUUUUCUCUUGGUGCUUCAGUACUGAAUGCUGCCAUUUUCCAGCAGAGGCACUAAUCUGGAGGUUAGGUUAGGCUACAUUAAGGUUUUGUUGGACAAUUUCCAGAUGUUACAUCGCAUUACAGUACUAAAGUCUAUUCUAAUUUGAUAUAAUGACGAUAAAAAAAAUAGAGUUGUUAUCGAUGACUCUAGAGGCAUGUCCAUCAGUUUUGUUACCUGAUGUUGUAAUGUGUUUUUACGUUGAAAGCAAUAUUUGUACUUCUCA